GUGCUGACAAGUGACAUUUGACAUCCAUCAUCAAACAAAUAACCUAGCGUGUAAUUUCUGUAUUUAUGCAUUGCCUUUUAAAACGUAAUACAACCGUUUUGUUUUUGACGAAACUAAUACAAUUAAAAGUGACUGCAAGUUUUAGUGUAACAAAAUGGAUGGUCCCCCGGGUACAGGACCUCCUAGUAAUAAUGGAUCGAUAGGUCCGCCGGGGAUGCCAAGCUUCCCUCCUAUGCCGCCUCCACCAGGCUCCAUGGGGCCACCAAUGGGCCCACCAGGUACAAUGCCGCCUGUAAGUACAGCCACCGGACCCCCAAACAUACCUCCGGGGAUGGGGCCUCCUCCGGGGAUGAUGGGUAUGGGGCCACCGGGCAUGGGUCCGCCGGGAAUGGGGCCGCCUGGCAUGGGCAUGGGUCCACCGAUGGGACCGCCUGGAAUGGGUCCUCCUCGCAUGCCACCGAACAUGAUGCGUGGGAAGAGUAGUUUCAAUAAUCAAAAUAUGGAUAUGGGUCCUCCUGGUAUGGGCCCGCCACUGGGACCUUGGGAAGGACAAGGUCCUCCGGGUUGGGGAAGACCGACCCCUGAUGGUCCACCAGGUUGGGAAGAGAAUGACGAUGAUGAGGAAGAGGCUGAGGGUGAAGACUCAAGCUCUAUCCAGGGUCCAUCAUUACCCUCACUGUUGACCAUGAAGAUUGACACUCCUGAAGAGUUCAAGAACAAGGCUGCACCUGUGGGUGGUGUGGUGUUGCCAAAGGCUCUUGAAGAAGCUCUUGCCUACAAGGAUCAGAGGCAGGCUGCCCUGGGCGAUAAUGAGGAAAAAGAAAAAGAAGCUGAUAAGGAACCAGAGGUGCCACCUGCACCUGUGAUUAGCAGAGAGUAUGAUGUGGAGGAAGAUGAAGGGGAUGCUGAUGAUGAAAAUGUUCCCACAGCUCCAAAACCACCAGUCAUCUCAAAACAAGAGACUCAAAUGAGCAAAUCACAUAAGAACAAAAGAAAGAAAAAGAAGAAGAGAGAAGCCAAACAGAAGCGCAAAGAUGAAGCCAAGAAAAAAGAAGACCAAACCUCCAGUCAGGAUGAGAGUGGCAAGUCAAGUGACAAGGAAAACAAGAAGGAGGUUGACAUUGAGUAUGUACAAGAAAGCAUCCAGUUCCACGAGCUAGAACCAAUGUACAGGCAGUUCCAUCGAAUCCUUGAAGCAUUUAAAAUCACUGAGAAGAAAGACGACGCCAUUAAAGAAGAGGGUAAGGAUGCACCCAAACCUUCCAAGCCACAGGAGAAGGUGCAAGAUCAGUUUGCUGCUGAUGAGGAGGCUGCUGAGAAAAAUGCAGCAGACGAGAAGGAGCGCCUAUCGAAGCGCAAGCUGAAGAAGUUGUCGCGGCUGUCUGUAGCAGAGCUGAAGCAGCUGGUGUCGCGGCCGGACGUGGUGGAAAUGUACGACGUGACUGCUCGUGACCCACGCCUACUCGUGCAGCUCAAGGCGCACCGGAACACCGUACAGGUGCCCAGACACUGGUGCUACAAAAGGAAGUAUCUGCAAGGCAAGCGUGGUAUAGAGAAGCCACCGUUUGACUUGCCGGACUUCAUCAAGAAGACUGGCAUCAUGGAGAUGCGAGCAUCCCUUCAGGACAAGGAAGAGACGAAAACACUUAAGGCCAAGAUGCGCGAGCGCACCAGGCCUAAGCUGGGCAAGAUUGAUAUUGAUUAUCAGAAACUUCAUGAUGCUUUCUUCAAAUGGCAGACUAAGCCUCGCAUGACGAUCCACGGCGACCUGUACUAUGAGGGCAAAGAGUUCGAGACGCGACUACGCGAGAAGAAGCCUGGCGAUCUCUCCGAGGAGUUGAGGACGGCGCUCGGCAUGCCCGUAGGACCAGGCUCACAUAAAGUACCACCGCCAUGGUUGAUCGCGCAGCAGCGGUACGGUCCCCCGCCGUCGUACCCGAAUCUGAAGAUUCCUGGACUGAACGCGCCUAUCCCCGAGGGUUGCGCGUUUGGCUACCACGCCGGCGGGUGGGGCAAACCGCCCGUGGACGAGAUGGGCAAGCCGUUGUACGGUGAUGUGUUUGGGCAUCAGAGUAGUGGACAGGAUGACAUUGAAGAUCAAGACAUUGACAGAACAAUGUGGGGUGAAUUGGAAUCUGAAUCAGAAGAAGAAUCUGAAGAAGAGGAAUCAGGCGAUGAGGGCGAGAAGGGCACGGACCAGGAGAUGGCGGCCGGCGUCGCCACCCCAGGCGAGGGGCUCGUCACGCCGCUCGGCGUCAGCUCCGUGCCGCCCGGCGUCGAGACACCGGACACCAUCGAGCUCAGGAAGAAGAAACUCGACACCGAUCUCGAGGGCGGCGACACGCCGGCACUGUACCAAGUGUUGCCAGAGCGACGUGUGGGGCUUACCUCGGGCAUGAUGGCCUCCACGCACGUAUACGACAUCAGCGCCGCCAAUCCAGGCAAGCGUGCGGUGGGCGGCGGCGCGGGUAUCGCUCCCAGCGAGGGCAGCGCAGCGCCCGCCGGCGUGGACGUGGCGCUGGACCCUUCGGAACUGGAGCUGGAGCCCGAGGCGGUGGCGGCGCGCUACGAGCGGCACCUGCGCGACGCGCGCCCUCGCGACCACGAGGACCUUUCCGACAUGCUUGCCGACCACGUCGCCAGGCAGAAGAACAAGAGAAAGCGACAACAAACAACAGAUUCAAAGCAGGCGAAGAAAUACAAAGAAUUCAAGUUCUAAUAGCUUUAGUGAUACAUACUUAUUAUAUACCAUUGUAUUAAGUCUAUGGGUACAUAAUAUGUUAUAUUAUGAAGCAAUCAAGUUUAUUGAUUGACGUGAAACAAUAAUUCGUGUUAAAGAAACACCCUAUAACAGUGUAAAUAUUAUAAACAUCUUUUCGAUAAACUCGAAUGCAUUCUAUGUGACAUUAUCUAAGUGAAAUAAAUAUUAUAAAAUUAA